AUGCCCGUCAAAACUUUCAGCUCAUACGACGAGUUCAAGGCCGUCAUUAACGGAGACAAGCCUGUCGUUAUAGACUUCUGGGCUACGUGGUGUGGGCCAUGCCGAGUGAUAUCUCCAGUGUUCGAGAAACUCUCGGACGAUCCUGCUUUCGCCGGAGUUGAGUUCUACAAAGUGGAUGUCGAUCAGCAGGAUCAAAUAUCCCAGGAAGUCGGGGUCAGAGCAAUGCCUACGUUUGCUUUGUUCAAGAAAGGCGAGAAGGUUUCCGACCUUGUUGGAGCACGACCGCAGGAGUUGCAGGCCCUUGUAGCAAAGGCACUUACCGCAUGAAGAACUGCAAUUAAUGUUGGCAUUUAGAAGCGAAUAAAUAUCUACA